UAUGUGAGAGGCGAGCGGGCGGCUGGAGCUGCGGCUGGGCUGACCUGGAUCCUCAGUCGAGGCCCGACCCUCCGCCAGCGACGAUGCCGCUGCCGCCUCAGGUCUCGCUGCUGCACCUCCUGCUGCUCGCCGCCGUCGCGGCCGCCUCGCCCGCGGCGUCGGCGGUGGUGUCGAAGCACGGGCGGCCGGUGUAUGGGCCGCCGCCGCCCCCAGUGAAGGUGGUGCCGUACUACAUACGGGAGCCGGAGCCCAUCAUCGAGAUCAUCGUCAAGGAGUCCAACACGACGCUGCCGCCGCCCCCCGCGCCGGAGCUGCCGCCCCUGCCGCCCACCAAGUCCAGCAAGGAGCCCGUGCACGUGUUCUACGUGAAGUACGAGAAGGACCCGGCGGGCGGCAUCGCCUACGACGCCCCAGUGCCGGCGGUGACGCCGGAGCCGGUGAAGUCCGCCGUGGAGAACGAGGCCGACCCGGGGCCUUCAGCGGGCGCCGGCUACGGCGCGCAGCCGUCCGCCUACCCGCCGCCGCCGCCGCCGCCACCCCCGCCCUCCACCACGCUGCGCGCCAUCGUCAAGCCGGACUCGGAGCUGAUACACACCUCCAGCAACCUCAAGGUCACGUUCGGGAAGGGAGGUCACGGUCACGGCCACGGCGGCGGCGGGCGCUACGGCUCGCGGGUGCUGCGCGUGGCGCAGGGGGCGGAAGAGGCGGCCUCCGACCCCGCCGGGGCCACGCCGGCUCCCCAGCCGGCCGCCACCACGCUGAGCGCCAUCAUCCGGCCCGACUCCGAGCAGGCGCACAGCUCCGCCGGCCUCAGGGUCACGUUCGGGGCGGCCGCCGACGAGGCUGCCCGCGAGGAGUCCGCUCCGGAACCCGCCGUCGCUUCGGCUCCGUCCGCCACCGGAACGGGGCUCGGCGUCGGCCCCACCGCACAGGCAUCCUCCAGGAUCAACCGGCAGCAGGUGCCGCCGCAGCAGUUCCCCAGAUCGCCAUUCGGCACGCCGCGGCCGUUUGAGCAGCCGCAACCGCAGCCGCCGACCGCGCAGGGCCAGAGGCCGCAGUUCCGGCCACAGAGCUUCCGGCCGCAGCACAGCACCUUCCAGCAGUCUCAGAGGCCCGCAUUCCCGCCUUCGGCGCAGGCUCAAAGUUCCUUCCAGAGACCUGGUCUGGCGCCACUGCAACCCAACACCUUCCAGCAGAAUGGAAAGGGAAGCUUCCAGUUCCAGCAGACCUUCACGGGCUCCACUCAGAGGCCAAACCCCUUCCAGUCUCCGACUGCUGUCGGAGCCACUGCUUUCCAAAGACAGCAGAUCUCCACCCAGAACGCCUUCCAGCAGUCACGUCCCGCUUCUGCUCCCACUGCAUUCCAGCAGAACUCCGCCUCCUUCCAACAGCAGCAGCAAGUUCCUUUCCAAAGGCCGAAUCCUUUACAGUCCUCACAAUCCACCUUCUCGCAAACUUCAUUCCAGAGACCAAACAGUUUCCAACAGACAUCACAGGUACCAAGCCAGAAUACUUUACAAGCCUCACAGACAAGGCCAACUGGUUUCCAGCAACAACAAGUGUCAUUCAGUCAAAAUCCUUUCCAGAGGCCGACUUCAUUCCAGAGCCCUGUCUCAAAUCAGGUAUCAUUCAGACCAUCUCAGCCACUACAGAACAAUUUCCAAACAACAUUCCCCAACCAGGGUGGACUGCAACCAACGGGUCCCUUCCAGAACACACUGCAAAGCAACAAUCUCGCUCAAAGCAAUUUCCAAACACAGCAGCGUCCAACAUUAAACGCUUUCCAGUCCAAUGGACAAAAUUCUUUCCAGAACCCUACUGGGCAAGGUCAGUCAGCCCCUGCACAACCACAGCUGCCCACCGUCGUCCAGUCAGUAACACGAUAUGAAGAACAUCUCCAGGAAGGCCCUGGAGCGACGCAGAAACCUCAAACACAACAACAGCAACAGAUAUCUCAGCAGGCUGCAUUCCAACAGAAUCAGCAACAGAAUUUGUUGUUACAGCAAAGACAGCAACAACAGCCGCAACAACUCUUGCUACAGCAGCAGCAGCAGCAACAGGAAAGACAAAAACAGAUUUUAUUACAACAGCAGCAGCAACUCCUGCAGCAACAAAGACAACAACAGCAACAGCAGCAGCAACGACAGCAACAGCAGCAACAACAACAACAACAGCAACAGCAGCAGCAGCAGCAGUAUCAACAGCAGCAGCAGCAAUAUUUUCUGCAACAGCAACAGCUGCUGCAGCAACAAAAACAGCAGCAACAACAAAAGCAGCAGCAGCAACAACAGCAGCAGCUGCAGCAGCAACAAUACUUCCUGCAACAGCAGCAGAGACAGCCUCAGCAGCAAGCAGUUCUGCAGCAACAGAGCCCGCGCGACAACAGGAACAGUGACAGCAGGCAAGCUGGCAGCAGUAGCAGCCCCACCACUGGCGCAGCCGACAGCAGCAGCAGCAGCAGCAGCGACAGCAAAGCUGGUGACAAGACCAACAAGACUGCGGCAGCGCUCGCAUCGCUGCCAGACGAAGUUCCAGCUGACCUGCGCCAGCAGCUGCUGUCGUCUGGUGUUCUGUCAAACGCCGACAUUUCGAUCCUCGACUACGACAAGAUUGGCGACAUUCCAAUCGAGAAGCUGCCGAAGGAGGCCCUGGAGAACUUCUACGCGGCGGGCAGCGCUCCUGUCCCCUCCGUUGUGAGGCCUGACAACUCUACUGCCAGCGCCGGCAGCGUGCCCCAGGCGCAGCCAGUGCAGAUGAAGGUGGUGCGGUACACGCCCGGCACGGCAGAGGGCCGGCGCGUAGUGGAGUCGCACCUGUCGGCGCCCGCAGACGCUCGCGAGACGCUGGACCGCGCCGUGGUGGUGGCGGGCGAGGCGGGCGCCGAGGCGCAGCUGCAGCAGGCCGCCGCCGGCUACAGCCGCUACCUGCCGCUCAGCGUCGCGGGCGCCGCCUUCCCCGUGCCCGACGCGCUGCGCGGCCGCAACAUCACCAGCGUCGUCAUCCUCGCGCCGCUCGAGAGCCCGUCCCAGGAGGAGGGCGCGGCGAGCGCGCGCUCUGACGAGGACCCCCCAUCGCUGCCCGCGAGGCUGGCCAAGGUGCUGGCCGUGGCCGACCGCAAGAACAUCGACGACUGGCUGGCGGCCGAGAAGCAGCUGCCGUCCACCAAGCAGAGCAUCGUGCUGCUCGUCACGCCGCCGUCGGAGCCGGCCGCGGGCGAGGACAAGGACAUCUGGAUGUACGACCUGGCGGCCAGCGGGGUGAGCAGGCUGCGUGGCGAGCUGAGCGCCGCCUUCGUCAAGGUCGCAGAGGAGAACGCCGCCGGCGCGCCGCCCCCGGAAGCCGCCUGACGCGGCACCACUCUCUUUGUACAUAGCGACACUUUUCUAAAUAAAUUUUAUACUCUUUUUGAUAAA